UUUUGAAAUUUCAACCAAUGAUAUAUACUAUAAAUUGAUCAAGCACAAACCUUAAUUGAGCAACACAAUUUCUUACAGCAAUAACUAUCACAUAUAACAAUAACUGCCAUGGCUUCAGCAAAAAUUUUCUUGAUUUUCCUUUUGGCUGCAUUAAUCGCAACCCCCGCUGCAUUUGCCAUACUUGUUCCAACACUUGUUUCAACACAUAUAAGUGGGCUUGUAUUUUGCAGCGUUAACGGCAAUUUAGAUGUCAUCAACGGACUCAGCCCCCAAGUUUUUCCUAAUGCAUCAGUGCAAUUGCGGUGUGGAGCAACAAAUGUGAUAUCAAGUACAAUAACAAAUGGAUCGGGAGCAUUUUCCUUGGCGGUGAAUACUUUCCCACUGCUAAACUGCAAUUUAGUGGUUGCAACUCCACUAUCAACAUGUAACGCGACCUUACAAUCGGUUGGGCGUUUGGCGUCAUCCUUGAGACUUGUAAAUAUCACUCUUGGCAGUGGCACCGGUCUUAUUAGAGUCGGUUUAGCUCCUACUGGUUUUAUACUUAAUCUUAACAUCAAUUAAUAUUGAACGAGCUAGCCUGCUGGUUCUUAAUUAGUACUACUACUAUGCAUCAGCUAGUUAACUUUCUUGGCCAGCUGCUUACUGCAAGAAUAAGGACUGUUGUUUCCACUAGUGAAUAAAGUGCAAAUCAUAUUUGCAAGUCUAAUAUUGGAGCCAUCUAAUCGUAUUUCAUGUGUUUUUAUUUUGUU